AUGCUGUAUGCGAAAUCUAUGAUGGCCAUCUCCAACUCCAGCUUGAAUUGUCUGUUUUUCUUGGACUUGACCUGGCCAAGUUGCUGGAUCUUGAUGCGCAGCAGUGAACAGACUGCGCUAAUACGACGGGCCCAUGCCGAGUCGCGCGACGUGGUGAUCGACCAUUUAAGUAUCAAUGCUAUGGUGGUUUGCCAGUCGUCCACAGAACCGCAGUCGGAGUCGGAAGUGUCUUCAAACACCUCUUUGCACAGGUUCUUGAGCGACAAUGAAUGCACAUUGUCGAGUUUCUGGAUAGCUCUGAUGGCUUUUCGACUGCCAAAAUUCGUAUAUGCUUCGUUGGUGGCCUCGUCGAUCAUUAGGGACUCGUUUCUGUACAAAAUCAGCUUGUACUGUUCGGAGAUUGGCGGGUACGACAGAUCAAUCAGCGCCUUGAGACUCGAUUUAAGCGAGGACCACGAGUUCGGGAUGAUAAAGGCGUCCGAGUUGUAG